CCAUUAGGAGCGUUUCUCGAAAUAGAAACUCCCAAAAUUUAAGUAAGACGUUGAGAUGCCAUAUCUUCAGCAGCUCCUCCAGACUCAAUCUUUCCUUCUUCUGACUGUAUCUACUCUAGUCAAUCAUAACUAUUGAUUUUUAUAGAAAAAAUGAACGCUCUUGCUGCAACGAAUCGUAACUUCCGUCAUGCUGCUCGUAUUCUUGGUUUGGAUUCCAAGCUCGAGAAGAGUCUUUUGAUCCCUUUUAGAGAAAUCAAAGUUGAAUGUACGAUUCCCAAGGAUGAUGGAACUCUGGUUACAUAUGUCGGAUUCAGGGUUCAACAUGAUAAUGCUCGUGGGCCUAUGAAGGGAGGGAUUCGGUACCAUCCUGAGGUUGACCCUGACGAGGUAAAUGCUCUAGCUCAGUUAAUGACAUGGAAGACUGCAGUAGCCGACAUUCCAUAUGGUGGAGCAAAAGGUGGGAUAGGAUGCAACCCAAAGGAUUUGAGUAUGAGUGAGUUGGAACGUCUUACCCGUGUCUUCACUCAGAAGAUCCAUGAUCUCAUUGGAAUUCACAGAGACGUUCCUGCUCCUGAUAUGGGAACUAAUGCACAGACAAUGGCAUGGAUUUUGGAUGAGUACUCAAAGUUUCAUGGUCACUCACCAGCUGUUGUAACAGGGAAACCCAUAGAUCUUGGUGGAUCACUGGGUAGGGAGGCUGCUACUGGGCGAGGUGUUGUUUAUGCAACAGAGGCUUUACUUGCUGAACAUGGGAAGUCUGUUUCAGAUUUGACAUUUGCUAUCCAGGGUUUUGGAAAUGUGGGUUCUUGGGCGGCAAAGCUCAUUCAUGAGAGAGGUGGUAAGGUUGUUGCGGUGAGUGACAUUACUGGUGCAGUAAAAAACAGAAAUGGGAUUGAUAUUGAGGCUUUGAUUAAGCACAAAAGUGAAAGUGGAAGUUUGAGGAAUUUCCAAGGUGGUGACACCAUAGAUUCAGAUGAAUUGCUCGUGCAUGACUGUGAUGUUCUCAUCCCAUGUGCCUUAGGUGGCGUCCUCAACAGGGAAAAUGCUACAGAUGUGAAAGCCAAAUAUAUAAUAGAAGGAGCAAAUCACCCUACUGAUCCCGAGGCAGAUGAGAUUUUGUUCAAGAAAGGGGUUGUUAUACUCCCUGAUAUAUAUGCCAAUGCUGGGGGUGUGACAGUGAGCUAUUUUGAGUGGGUUCAGAACAUACAAGGUUUCAUGUGGGAUGAAGAGAAGGUGAACAAAGAGCUUCAGAGGUAUAUGAGAAGGGCUUUCAAUGACAUCAAGAUGAUGUGUAAAAUUCAUGACUGCAGCCUUCGCAUGGGAGCCUUCACAUUGGGGGUAAAUAAGGUUGCACGUGCCACCCUCUUAAGGGGUUGGGAGGCAUAAACAAAAAUGCCUCUGGUUUUUUCUCAUUAGAUUUUUUUUUUGGUUUUUCUCAUUAGAUAUGUCCCUAGUUAAAGGAGAAUGUAGUUUGAUGUUUUCCCUAGAAAAUUUUCUUUUUUUUUUAAUUUUUAUGGCUUCAGAAAUGGAAUUAUGGGGCUAUUAAUUAGAUAUGCCUCUAGUUAAAGCAGAAGGUAGCUUUUUUUUUUGUAAUCAAAUAGAAGGUAGUUUUUUGGUAAUAAAGCAGAAGGUAGUCUGAUGUAUUCCUUUCCUUACAA